CGUGUAGUCGUGUUUUGCCAUUAAUAUUUUAAUUUUCAGUCGCUGCGGACGUGUGCGUUUUUGGUCGUGCGGGUGGUACAAGAAAAAAAUGGCGAAAAGUGUCGGUAGUGCGUGCGCGCAAAUCGCAAUUUUAUUAACAAUUUACGGAUCAAUACAAUGUGUCAAUUCCCUACUAACUCCAACGGAAUAUAGCAGCCAUAGCAGUCCGCACACAACAAACAUACAUCCCCAUGAUGUGGUGCUGUUGUCCACAGCACAGGUGCAACGAAUGCGUCGUGCGGCGCCCGCUGCGCCAGCGGAGUCCACGCCCGUGGUGGCCAUGCCACCGGAUCAAAAGAAUCAAUACGAGAGCAUCAGUCCGAAUGCGAGCGUUAAUGUGGGCAGCACCGGCAGCAUUGCCUACGAUGUGCACAAUGUGGGCGUGAAUGGAACCGGGCAGCGCAAGGAUUUAACAGCCAGCGCCAACGUCACCAGCAGCAUCAACACUAGCAUCAAUGCGCCCGCUGCAGCGGCAGCCGCAGUUCCAGCUGCUGCUGCUCCUGCUGCUGCUGCUGCUGGUCAAACGCCUGUCGCAUCACAGACUCCGGCUGCGGCGCCAGCGCCUGUUGCCGUCAGUCCGGCAAAGAAAACGCAAUUGAUGGCAGCACAGCAGCCAUCGCCAUCGCAGCAGCAACAGUAUCCCAAAAAGGUGGUCGUGGUACCAGUCGGUGCUGCCACGACAUCAACAUCGACGGAGCGGCCAAUCAUCGAUGAGGUCGAUGUGCCCGAGGAGAUCAUUACCAAGGAGGUGGCAAAUCAAACGCUCAAGAGUCAAGAGGAUCAUUUCGAUUACUAUCGCAGUCUGUUGUAUGUGAGCAAGGAUGAGGUGGCCGCCCUGUGGUCCCAAAUGGUCACAAUACGCGAGAAUAAUAUGCUCUCGUCAUCGCAUCGUCGUGCCAUGACCGUUGAGCUCACUUUCGAUUUCCCCUUCUAUGGUCAUUAUGUGCGUAAUGUGACUGUCGCCACUGGAGGUUUCCUUUACACCGGCGAAUAUGUGCAUUCCUGGCUGGCUGCCACUCAAUAUAUUGCUCCACUUAUGGCCAACUUUGAUACCAGCCUUUCGGAUGACUCGUUUGUGCGUCUCAAGGAUAACGGCACCGCUUUCACCGUCGUCUGGGAGAAUGUGACACUGCAGGACAAGCCGGACUAUGGCAACUUUACGUUCAGUGCGACACUGCAUCAGAAUGGCGACAUCACUUUUGUGUACUAUCGCCUGCCCACCUUGAUUAGCAACAUUCUCGACAGCCAGCAUCCGGUCAAAGUUGGUCUCUCCGAUGCCUACAUUGUCGACAAGAUGCUCUACUUUGCACGCCGUAAGACGAUCUUUGAGUACCAUCGCGUCAGUUUUGGACAGCAGGAGAUCACGAAUAACACAAUCAUUAUGCUAACGGCACUACCAACCUGCUUGGAUUAUCACGACUGUCAGUCGUGCAUGAAUCACAACACGACUUUCCAGUGUGCUUGGUGCCCGACACUCAAUCGCUGCUCCACAGCCACUGGCAAUGAUCGCAUGAAGCAGCUCUGGCAGCAGAAGGGCUGCGAUCGCACCAGCAUCUCAAAGAUCGAGCAAUGCCCGCCGCUGGGCAAGAAGGGCAACAAUGCCACACAGGAGCAAAGUGGCAGCAAAAACAGCAACAACGGUGGCGUCAUCUCAACGACGCCAUCAGCCAAGGAUGUCACUGAGGCAACGGUGAGCAGCACCCAAUCAUCGGUGUCGAAUGCGGUGGCGACAGACACCGCCAAGGAGAAGAGCGAGCAUCUCGAUGCGGUCUCGCCCGAGAAUAAGAAUGUGGGCGUUGCCUUUGGUUUUAUGGUGCCCAUUUGCCUCGUGUUUGCCGUGACACUAUGGCUCUUCUAUGCGUACCGCAAUCCACACACAAGAAGCGGACAGCUCCUCAUACAGUCCAAGCAUUUACAUCAGUUCCGUCCCAGCCAGUGGUCAUGGAGGCGUGGAGAGGCGCGCUAUACGGCAGCCACGAUACACAUGUAAAAAGAGCUGAGCCGUGUGAUAGUUUUGUGGUUGUACCUGUUACUCAUCCAUCCCCUAUCCUCUUCUUAGUCUUUCUCUCUCUCUCUCUCUAUCUUUCUCAUGUAUUCUCCUAAUCCAAUGAGUAACGAGUCACUGAGCCCGUGAUGCAAAACAGAAACAGAAUUACAAACAAAAUAUCAAAAGUGACAGGUGCAAUUUUAUCCAUACAAAAUACAAAACAACAAAAAAAUUCUAAAAAAAAAAAAAAACUAAAAAAAGAAAA